UUAUAAUAUGCACGGUAAUCCACUCGAAGACGGGUGGAAAACAUUUUUCACAAGCUGCCGCAGUGACGCCGCGACAUCGGGUGAAUGAACAUCGGAAUCGAAAAUAUUAUCACGUUGCAUACGAACGAAAUGCGAACGUAAACAAUCAAAUAUAACAAUUAAUUUAAAUUAUUUUUCAAAAAAGUCAAAUUAAAUGCCAAAAAUGAACAACAGAUGAUAACCAUUGAUGAAGCCAAAUUAAAAGUUUAUAUAAGUGUGUCUAACAAGCAGAGUCGGCAAAGAUGGAGCCUGAAAAAUCUUCAUUUCCUGUGUCACGUGCCUGCUCCGAUACGUAUCUCACCACAGCCGACGGAAACCCAAGGACGGUUAAGGAUUUGCAAGAUGAUUUGUUUCCGCCCACAUCGCCACGCAAAGCUCAUUCGGCAAACAGCUGCUACUAUAUGGAACAUGUCUUCGGAGGGCGGCGAUUUCAGGAAGAUGAGACUGCCGCAGAUCGAGUCACUAGUUGGUUUUUAAAGUACAAGCAAAACCGAGAUAAAGAUAUAGAGGUUGAAGGACAGCAAAAAGCACGAUGGCCCUCCGAAUGCCAAGUAUUAGACGAAAGAGUAAAACACAUCCCUUAUAAAAUAUGUCCUCCUGAGCCUUAUUAUAAUAUCACUGGACGUGAAAUUCAGCCGAAACCAGUAGGAGAAGAAGCUGGAAUUUUAAUUUAUCAAUAUUAUCCGAUAAGUUCAGUAGAUUAUUUUUCAAGAUCAAGCGUAAAUGGAAGUAAAUAUUUACUACAAACCUGCCCAACGCCCGAAGAAGAAGGUCUCCGGUUUGAGUCUCGCUUUGAAUCCGGGAAUCUAGCCAAAGCGAUCAAAAUUCAUGAUACGUACUACGAAUUAUACUUAAGACACGAUAUGUACACCAAUCGACACAUGCAGUGGUUCUAUUUCCGUGUCACCGGAAUGAAAAAAGGCCUAGUUUACCGCUUUUCGAUAGUUAACUUUACAAAAAAUGAAAAUUUAUACGAGGACGGAAUGAAGCCCUUAAUGUAUAGCACCAAAGAUGCUCAGAUGCAUUCAAUAGGCUGGAGAAGAGUUGGUAACAAUAUUGCGUAUUUUUGUAAUGAUAGUGUUGAUGAUAAUUCAGAAAUGCCAACGUUUUACACACUCACGUUUACGUUCGAUUUCCCGCACAACGACGACGAGGUGUACUUUGCUCAUAGUUACCCGUACACCUACACGGAUUUGCAGGAGUAUUUGUUCAGCAUCGUAGCACAUCCUAUCAAAGGUACUUAUACCACUUUGAGGCUGCUCUGUAAGUCACUCGCUGGGAAUAACGUGUAUUAUGUUACUGUGACCACACCACCAAAUGAAAGUAAUCCAAACAAGAAAAAGAAAGCUGUUGUAAUAACAGCCCGAGUUCAUCCUGGAGAAACGCCAGCUUCAUGGAUAAUGCACGGAAUUAUAGAGUAUCUCACAAGUGAUUGUGGUCCAGCGAAAGAACUGCGCGACAAUUUUAUUUUCAAGCUUGUGCCAAUGUUGAAUCCUGACGGUGUGAUUGUAGGCAAUUACCGAUGUUCACUCACCGGCAGAGAUCUCAAUCGUCAGUACAGGACUGUGAUACGCGAGUACUAUCCGACGAUUUGGUAUACGAAAUUGAUGAUAAGAAAACUUGUGGAAGAAUGUGGUGUAGCAAUGUACUGUGAUCUGCAUGCUCAUUCGAAACGCAACAAUAUAUUCAUCUUUGGUUGCGAGAAUCGUAAAAAUCCGGACAGGAAACUCUACGAGCAAGUGUUCCCAUUGAUGCUGCACAAGAACGCACCUGAAAAGUUCUCGUUUCAAAGUUGUAAGUUCCGCGUGCAGAAGUGCAAAGAAGGCACAGGGCGAGUCGUGAUGUGGAUGAUGGGCAUUGCAAACAGCUUCACGCUAGAGGCGUCCUUCGCCGGAUCAACGUUGGGCGGACGCAACGAGACGCACUUCAACACACUGGAUUUUGAACUGAUGGGCAAGACCUUCUGUCAAACGCUGCUCGACUUUUACGACGAGGAUCCCAGAAAAGAAAAACUGCGCGUCAAGAUUAUGAGUCGCCUGAUGCACGAAGGGUCCAAUGCGGACGAGCCGGCUAAUAUUGACAUCUCCGAUUAUUCCAGCGAUGAUGGAGAUGAUUCCUCCUCGAGUGCCGACGGAAAGGAACACGUGGAGGCCGUACCGACGGCUGCACCACCACCUACCCCCGAAAAGAAGAAGAAUCUGCGGCCGGUAAAAGCGCACAGUCAGACGCAAAUGCAAAAACCACAAGCACGAAAACCUCUGAGGGUAGGGCUAACCAUGACUUAUUUUAUUUCUACCUUUCCGAUAUCGAACGAAAACUAUGCCUUUUUCAUCGAGGCGUAGUUUUAAACAAUAAACUAUUUUUUGGCUU